AUGAUGCCGCAGGGUGGAGAGAACGGUGUGAAAGGGGGCCGAGGGGAUGCGCCCGGGGCGGCCUGGGGCGGGGACGACCGGCACAAGGGCUCCGGCGGGCACCAGCGAGGCCGCACGAGGGUCGGCCCCGCGGAUGACGAUGAGGAAGUGGUUGAGGUGGACCCCGCCAAGCGGUUCCACAGGUACAAAGAGCAGGUGGGCACUGGGAGAUUCAAAAAGGUGUACCGGGGCUAUGACACGGAGGAGGGCGUGGACGUGGCGUGGUGCAAGGUGUUCGACUUCGAGAAGGAGCAGGCCGCGGAGAUCCUGGAGGAGAUGCAGAAGGGCAUAGCGCUGGACCAUCCCAACAUCAUCAAGUGCUACGCGUGCUGGGAGUGCCGCAAGACGGGCUGCAUCAACCUGGUCACGGAACUGUUCACGUCCGGCAACCUGAGGGACUACCGGCAGCACUACCGCCACCUGGACCAGAAGGCGCUGAAGAAGAUGGGGCGGCAGAUUCUCAGCGGGCUAGCCUACCUGCACGGGCUCAAGCCGCCGGUGGUGCACGGCGACCUGAGGUGCGACAAGAUCUACGUGAACGGCUUCAACGGCGAGGUGAAGAUCGGCGACCUGGGCCUGCGCACGCUACUGGCCAAGCGCUACGGCACGUCCACGACCUCCGCAGACGACUUCAAGACCCCGCCGGAGGACAUGUACUGCUUCGGUCUGUGCCUGCUGGAGCUGUUCACCAAGGUGUACGUGGACAGGAGCGUGCCUUAUGUAGAAUGCCUGCGCCAGCUGCGCAAGGCAAAGGACGAAAAGGUGCGUGAUGUGAUCGCCCUCCUGCUGGGGGAUGCCGACCAGAGGCCCGUGCCCACCCAGCUGCUGGAGUCGGAGUACUUUCGCAAGCCCCAUGUAGAUCAUGCGGCCACCCCUGCGCCCAAGCAGCCCCACGGGGCGUCCCACGACGCGGGCAAGCUGCGCGGGGAGGACUACAACUUCGUGGUGGCGGCGGAGGGUGAACCCGAGGACGGCAAGAUCCAUUUCGAGAUCACCAUGACUAAGGAAGAGGAUCCGGAGACGGUGCAGAACGUGGGCUUCGACUACAUCCUGCUGGAGGACUCCCCGGAGCAGGUGGCGGACGAGAUGGCCAACAGCUUCGGGCUGAGCAUGACGGACAAGGAGAUCUGUGCGGCGGCGCUGAGGGAGUGGCUGGCGUCCAGGGACCUGCCCUGUGUGGUGGACACGAGACACUGA